AUGGGACUCGGCAUUGAUAUUCACGCGCAGGUCCUGGAGAUGGGCAUCAUUGUGCACUCGGUGGUGAUCGGGCUGGGCAUGGGAGCGUCGCAGAACGUGUGCACCAUCCGGCCGCUGGUGACGGCGAUGUGCUUCCACCAGCUCUUCGAGGGCAUGGGACUCGGCGGCUGCAUCCUACAGGCGGAGUACAACGCGAGGAUGAAGGUGGGGCUGGUGUUCUUCUUCUCCACGAUGACGUUGUUUGGGAUCGCGCUGGGGCUGGCGCUCACCAAGGUGUACAGGGAGAACAGCCCCACGGUGCUCAUUGUGGUGGGUUUGCUCAACGCGGCCUCGGCGGGGCUGCUUGUUUUCCUUAAGCUAGAAGACUGGGUGGCGCAGUGA